GCAUGAUACCUUCUUACAUUGGGUGAUAUAUAUAUGGUAUUCUUCUCGUAUAUGUCUUCCUCUCUUCCAAUGACUAUAUCUCAAUUUUGUUUUCCAUAGCCUGUACGUGUUCCUUUCUGUUCGUCUUGAGUCAGGAAAAUCAGUCAAUAUGGAUUUGUAUGACGAUAUCUUCAACGAUCAACUAUUGCAAUUGAGUCCUUUGCGCUUCUCUCCGUCACCAGAACCAUUUGCUUCGUUGACGGAGUUUCUGCAAGACCCUCUUAUGGAAGAAACUGAAAAUGUGGAUGGAGAGGAUGUUGGAUUUAUCAAUAGUUCUGCUAUAACCGAAGCUAAUCCCUCAAUGGGUAUACCAUCCCCAAAUCUAGUCCCAUUUCCAGAGACAUUAACACUAGUGCAAAAUCAAUCAGAUCAUCAUUUUUUUCUCAAUCAAAACAUGUUGGAUUCUUUUGAGCAAGAGCCAGGUGUUUUUGCAAUGCCACAGCAAUCAUUAGUAUGCAAUCCAAAGGGGUGUUUACAAGGAAACUUAACAAACGGACAAUUGGAUCAGCAAUCUUUGUUCAAUCGAAUCACAAUGAAUCCCUUCCAGGAAACAAAUGACUCUACAAUGAUAGAAAAUGGUCGACCAAUCGAAGAAGGAAACAGUGGAUAUGCACAUCCAAUGAUGACUCAAUCUUUUGAGUUACCAAAUCAUCUUCAAGAGCAGUUUUUAUCAUUGCCUUCAUCACAAAGUUACCUGUCAGAACCGAUGUACGAGCACGGCCUAGUUGCUUCACAUUUCAACAAGUAUGACCAGCAACCGCCUACGUUAGUCUUACCUAACAGGGAAGAUGGGGCUCUGGUCCCAAGUAUGGAUAAAAAUUUGGCUAGGACAAACUCUGCACCGAAUCAGAUCUCUGUGACCCUUCCUCUGCCUCAAAUGACAUCGAACUCUACAAGGAAUCAAGGAAAUGUACAAGAGCGAGUAAAUCAGCCUACGCCAGGAAGUAGAUACCCUACCCUCGAAACCUAUGCUCGUGCACAAGGACUUCCAUGCACGAAAGCAUUUGCUCCCAUCGAUUUUAACGUUUUGGGGCGUCGACAAAGAAAUGACCAAAGUCGAUUUGAGCAUGAAGAAUCUUCAUCUGCUGCUCAACGAAGGAGAAUCUUCAUGCCAAACCGAAAUGAUAAUUUAACUGCAGCUAACCUCGUUCAAGAAAGGUUGCAAAAUACAUUGUAUAGUCAAUUGUAUGCGACUCUCGGUUUAAAAAUUGAUCCCCACUUGAGGAAUUUUGCUCCAUUGCCUAAGAAAAAGAGCAAAUAAUUUUAUGUCCUUUUAAUCUAUUUAUUAACUUAAACUUAUUAUGCUGUUUUAUAUUUUUUUUUUGUGAUUUCGAACAAGAAAGAACGAAAUACAACGUUGGUGUUUAAUCUAUUUAUUAACUUAAACUUAUUAAG